AUGAGCCAGCUGAGGACCUGGGAGUGCUGCUGCACCCCAGGCCGCUCCAGGGAGCCGCUGAGCUGGGUGGCUGCCCCAGUCCCACGGGUUUUCCAGCAGCGCCAGUGGUUGCCUGACCCUGAGUCAUGUGGACACGGCCAGUACUGGUCUGCCGGCUGGUGCUGCAACUUCUGUCCUGCCGGUGAGUAUGUCGAAAAACACUGUGUGAGCCCCAGCACCCAGGGAAAGUGCAAGGAAUGUGACCAAGGGACCUUCACGGCCUUCCCCAACGGCCUGGACUCCUGCUUUCUAUGCUCCACCUGCCUCGAGAAUGAAGAAAUGGUGGCGGACUGCUCUCCAACCAGCGACCGGGUGUGCCAGUGCCGAACGGGCCACUUCUACCAGGACCUGGAGUCCUCUGAACUCUGCAUCCCGUGUAGCAAGUGUACCCAAGGGAGCAUCGUCCUCCAAGAAUGCAACUCCACUGCAGACACAAUAUGCAGCGUGACUGACCCAAGUAGCAGAGAAUGGCUGUAUUGGCUUUUCCUCCUUCCACUUGUCGCGGCUCCUUUUCUCAUUGUCUACUACUGCUGUAUAAGAGAACGACAGGUCUGGCGUGUGGGCGUCCCUCUAAUGGAUGAAGUACAGGUGCGGGGACCAGAGGACGGGGCGUUGGGGUGAGGCUGGCCCUGUCCCCGCCAGCGCGAGAGCUGCAUCAGCUCUCGGGAGUUUGUUUCAAUGGGGGUCCCGUCCACAAGGGGACUGUGGGCUCAGCCUUCCUCGCCUUUCUCAGCGAUGAGGGUCUUUGUUUUCUUAGGCUCUUUAGGAGAGUCUCUGUUUCUCCAGGGAGACCGCACCCUCUGCGCUGUCCUGGGACACACACCCUGUGCUCACGGUUGAGCCAUAAACAGGC